GAAAGACCAGAGUGUAUUUGGAAGAAAAGUUCUACAUAUUUAGGGAUUCAGAGAUAGUGGUGAUACAGUGAAGAUGAGGUACAAACCGGGAUUGAAACAGUCUGAAUCAAGUCAGUUCAAAUUUAGGAAUAUCAGUGUAUAUGCGGAGCCAAAGAAUGAGACUUUGGUAUUUCCUGAUUGCCAUAGAGAUGAAACAGACUUGAUGACACUUAAGUAUAUGGUGUAUAAGGGUUUGUCUAUGGAUGUUAAAGAGAAGUUUAAUUUAUAUUGGUUUAAGGAAGAAUGUCUGCCACUGCCAUUGUUAAACAAUGAUGAUUUUGAUAAUUUUUGGGAGGAUUCUUUUGUAAAUGAGGAUGGAUGUAUAUGUUUGUGGAUGGGGAUGAAAGACACAGUGUUUGGGACUCCAAAGACUACACCAAAGAAGAAGACAGUUAGUAAGGGAACCACCCCUAGAAGAUCCCCGAGGCUAAAUAGUGUGGAUAAAUCAGUUGAAGGUGCAUCAAGAAAGCUGAGUUUCAUGGAUGUGCCCAUGUCCAAACAUUCUCAGGCUAGUAGAAGUGGUUGCAGUCAGUCAAAAGCUACAAAUGAAGUUAAAAGAACAAGAAGAGAAAGAAUCUGCAUCAUGGGUACAUGGUACAAUAGGAGGACUGAAUCUGCAUCAUGGGUAGAUGGUAAUUUGGUUCCUACUGCUGUUACAUUGAUUAAGAAAAUGUUGGAAUUUGUGACUGACUAUGGUGUUGACCCUUGUGUGGCUGGAGAGUUAUAUAUGGUGACUAGUCCAAAGAAUUCUGUGUUCACAGUGAACAUACUUGCCAAGACUUGCUCUUGUUUGCAGUGGCAGUUGAGGGGGUUCCCCUGUAUGCAUGCAGUGAGUGCAUUGCAUAGCAUAAGGCCACAAUGGAGAAAGUACUGCAGUGAUUACUAUUCAGUGGAGAACUAUAAGGCCACAUAUGCACCAACUUUUGCACCACUAGAUGAUAAAAGUGAAUGGGUCCAGCAAUGAAGACUUCAUCUGAGACCCAUUUAAAACCGUCACAAUCUGUACAAGUGAGGUUUGAUUUUGCAGUGGGCAGUUUUUGAAGCAAUGACCAGAUUCUCCGCAAGCGUAACAACCAUUCUCUACUGGUAAUUUCACCAUCUUGCAUUUGACAGGAUCGAUGGCAUCGUCAAACCAUUCAAAGUACUGACAGG